AUGGCUUUUGUUGGGCUAUUUAGCUCAAUAGUAAAUAUCAUCGGCACACUUCUAAUUGCUCCCCUCAUUAAGCAGACAAACUACCUGAGAAGCUCCAGUGACAACAUCGGUGACCUGCAAAUUGUAGUUCAAAAUCUGAAGGCAAGGAGGAAUGAUGAGCAAAGCACUUCAACAGCAGAAGAAAACGCUGGAAAAGUCAAGACUGAUGCAGCAAGAAAUUGGUUCAAGGCCAUUCAUGAAAUUGAGAUGGAAGCCGCUACCAUAGAAAAUGGGAGAUCUGUAAAACUCAAGCUGAAGGCUGAUCUUAGACUCAAAGAACAAGUUGUUUUGACAAAGUCACCUUCUCCAAAAUGUGUGUUGGAGAUGGAAAGUGAGCCAAUUGAGAACCAGCCAUCAGCUCAACGCAUGUUGCAGCAAAUGCUUGAUUGCAUAGGUGAUCCAGGUUUUGGGAUCAUUGGAGUAUAUGUGUCUGCUGCUCCCAACAUACGCAGUAUACAAAUCAGUAUUGGUAAGCGCCUCGGAUUAGAUUUAACAGAUAACAGGGAGGUUGAUGCAAAAGAGAAGUUGUUUGAUGCCCUAAGGAAGAAGAAAUUUUUUCUAAUUUUGGAUAAUUUGUGGUACAAAUUAGAACUCGACUAUGUCGGAAUCCCUCACCCUCGAAACCAAAGAGGGAGCAAGAUCCUAGUGACCAGCCGGAAUCAAGAUGUGUGUACUGACAUGGAUGCUAGAAUCACUAUAGAAGUGCAGCCAUUAUCAGAAGACGAGUCAUGGAACCUAUUCGUUGUAAAAGCUGGUCAACAUGUUAUUGCCAAUCAUAUAAAAUGUUAUGCUGAGAAAAUUGUUCGGUGA